UUAACUUGGCGCCUGCGUUGUGUGCGCAUCUCUCAGCUCUCUUGUCUUUUGACUUCACUCACGCACCGCACGCCCUUAGGAGACAUGAGGGCCGUCGAAGUGGCGAGAAGGGGCGUGACCUUGCUCCUGCUGGUGGUGGCUGCGGCGGCGCUGACGGCGGCAGAGGGCGUCAGG